CUUUAAAUCUAAGUUUCAUGUCUUCACAGGCUUAUUUUCGGACAGUAGAACUCGUUCAGGAGCCUAUUCCUGGCUCACCAGGUCUGAGUUUCUACUUCAGAAUCAAUGGCCGACCCAUUUUUCUGAAGGGCUCGAACUGGAUUCCUGCAGAUUCUUUCCAGGACAGGGUGACCUAUGACACAUUAAGGCUACUCUUGAAGUCUGCAGCAGAUGCUAACAUGAAUGCACUUCGGGUUUGGGGAGGAGGAGUAUAUGAACAAGAUGAAUUUUACGAUAUUUGUGAUGAAAUAGGAAUAAUGAUUUGGCAGGAUUUUAUGUUUGCCUGUGCACUUUAUCCAACUGACCAGAAUUAUUUAGCAUCUGUAAGAGCAGAAGUUCUUCAUCAGGUGCGACGUUUAAAAUCUCAUCCAUCAAUUAUUCUAUGGAGUGGUAACAAUGAAAAUGAAGCAGCAAUUUCAACCAACUGGUUCUCCAUACCUCAUGCCGAAAGAGAGAGAUAUAUCAGAGACUACCUGAUGCUUUAUGUGAAGAACAUACGAGAGAUAGUUCUUAAUGAAGAUAGGAGUCGUCCUUUUAUUGCAUCCAGUCCCACCAAUGGCUUGGAGUCAGUUAAAGAAGGUUGGGUCUCCCAGAAUCCUUAUGAUACCCAUUAUGGUGACACUCACUUUUAUGACUACAACAAUGACUGCUGGAACUGGACAAUGUAUCCUAAAACUCGUUUUGCUUCAGAAUAUGGAUUUCAAUCCUGGCCUUCCUUCAGUACAAUCGAAAAGGUUUCUUCUGCUGAAGACUGGUCCUACGUAAGCAAUUUUUCUCUCCAUCGGCAACAUCACGACAGUGGCAAUGUUCAGAUGCUUCAAGAAGUUGGGUAUCAUUUCAAGCUUCCACAGGGCACAGAUCCUGUAAAGAGGUUCAAAGAUACAAUUUACCUCACUCAGGUGAUGCAGGCUCAGUGUACAAAAACAGAAACUGAAUUCUAUCGUGCUAGUCAAAGUGAAAUAAUCAGGGGAGAAGGACACACAAUGGGAGCUCUGUACUGGCAACUCAAUGACAUUUGGCAGGCACCUUCAUGGGCUUCCUUGGAGUAUGGUGGUAAGUGGAAACUGCUCCAUUAUUUUGCCCGGAACUUCUUUGCACCACUGCUGCCUGUGGCGUAUGAAGACCAAGGUGUGUUGUACAUUUACGGUGUCUCAGAUCUUCAUGGGGACCAGAAGCUGACUUUGAGGGUCGUUGUGCACACCUGGGGUUCUUUGGAGCCAGUAUGUACCCUUGCCAAAGAAGGUGUGAUUGUUAAAGCACAAAGUGCUGUGCCCAUCUACAAGGAGUCCAUAAGCGAUGUUCUGGAAAGAUGCAGAAAUUGUACCAGGAAAAGCUGUGUUAUUACUUUCUGUCUUGUGGGAGAAGAUGGCCUCCAGAGUCCUACGAACCAUUUCUUCCUUUCAUCACUAAAGGAUGCUGUAGGAUUAGAAAAGACCCAGCUUAGUGCUUCUGUAUCCAAACAAGAUGAUACUUAUAUAUUUGUUCUUCAGACCACUGCAAUUGCUCCUUUUGUUUCUAUGGAUGUAGGGAGUAUAAAAGGCAGAUUUAGUGAUAAUGGUUUCCUCAUGACUGAAAAGAAGAAAGUGGUUGUGUUUUAUCCUUGGGAACCUACCAGUGUUGAAGAACUAGAAAAUUCACUAACCUUGACCUCUCUGUUGGAUGUUGUCUGAAAAUACCUCGUUUCCUUCUAGUUAUAUAAACAGUGAAACAGGAGGAGAAGAAAAGUUAAAACAAUUUUACUGAAGUUGAAGUGACACACAAUUUGAGCCAACUGGAGAACAUACUGUCUGUUCCUGUCAUGUGUGAAUUUUAACUGCUGGUUCAAUGUAAAGAUAUCAACAGCAAAGCUUACAUAUAAUAUAUGCGGUGUCUUGAAAGUACAUCCAUAGUUUUUCUAGUUUCACUAUGCUUUAAGUGGAAAUUCAUCUUAAGAUAACAGCAAGCUGUAGGAAUCUUUGGAAGCCAGCAAAAGUGUGGACUGCGCCUUUGGCGGUUACUUUAGAACUGCUCUGUUGCAAGGGGUGAUCAUCCAGAAGAGCCAAAAGCUGUGGACUGUGGGAGUGACACCCAGGUUACUGAAGACUGAACUGAACCAACAGCAACCCUGUCAAAUCUCCAUCUUUGUGCCACAAAAACUGGCUACAACUAUAUUAGGAGCUCUUUUCGUGCAACUGUGCUGCAAAAAUUAUGAAGAGACCGGCUAGAAACUACAAAUAUUUGAACAAUUUUCAUCUAGUAAAUGAACCUGAAAUAGGAACAAGUCAGCAGCACCCAUCACCUGUGCACUAUUCACAAAAGGAGUGCCUGACUGCAAGGGAUCAGUGUCCAAGCUGAAGGCCUAGCAAAUAUCUAUGACAAGAAAGUCACGCUGCAGUAAAAUAUUUCUGAAGCAGGUGAGUGGUGAUGACGACGGAAGAGCUUUUGCUGUACUCUUCUCCAGGUGAGAUGGGCUGUGUGAGAUGGAUAAUGCUUCCUGAAUGACUUCAAUGGCUUCUGUGU